GCCAGCUGAAGGCGGCGGAACAACGACUCUUCCCUGAAACUUACUGAAGUCUUUUCCAAACUGAGGAUAUUUCAUUACCUUCUUGUUUUAUCAAAACCUUUCGGAUUAACACUUUUUUUUAAAACAGGACUAAUUUGUUUUCUCGUCAAAAGUGUCUGACUCCAGCUCACGUCCACAUGCUCUGCCUUGUGAGUGCUGCUUGGCCUGCUGAGCCUGAAGGUGCUGGUGUGUCUGCACUGGGCUGUAGCUGAAGCACACAUACAGUGACCGCUGGUCCUGGUGGUGGUCGUGGUGGUGUUGGUGCCUGCGGUGGAAGCAGGAGGAGGGGCCUGUUCUUUCUGAGCCACACGAAGAUGAACAAACUGAGCUUCCACAACAACAAAGCCAUGCAGGACCGCCGCUGUGUCUGUGUCUUUUUGCCCAAUGAUGACACGCUCAACGUCAUUGUCAAUGUGAAGACUUUGUGCCAGGAACUGUUGGUGCAGGUGUGCGACCUCUUAAGGCUGAAGGACUGCCAUCUGUUUGGACUCAGUGUUAUUCAGAAUAAUGAACACAUCUAUAUGGAGCUGGAUCAAAAGCUAUCCAAAUAUUGCCCCAAAGAAUGGAAAAGAGAAGCCAGCAAGGGCAUCGACCAGUUCGGUCCUCCAAUGAUCAUUCACUUCAGAGCUCAGUAUUACGUAGAGAACGGGAGACUGAUCAGUGACCGGGCAGCCAGGUACUAUUACUACUGGCACCUGAGGAAACAGGUGCUGCUCUCUCAGUGCAUCCAAAGAGAGGAGGCCUACUUCCUCCUGGCAGCCUUCGCCCUCCAGGCUGACCUGGGAAACUUCAAACGCAACAAGCACUUUGGGAAGUACUUUGAACCUGAAGCCUACUUCCCCCCAUGGGUGAUAACAAAGCGCGGUCGUGAGUACAUCCUGAGGCAUAUCCCCAACAUGCACAAAGACCAGUUCGCUCUCACAGCUUCGGAGGCUCACCUCAAAUACAUCAAGGAGUGUGCCCAGCUUGAUGACGUCACUGUCCACUACUACAGACUCUACAAGGACAAGAAGGAAGUGGAGGCAUCUCUAACAUUAGGACUGACUUUACGAGGCAUCCAAAUAUUUCAGAAUGUGGGCACUGUAAGGCAACUGUUGUACGACUUCCCCUGGACCAAUGUGGGAAAACUUGUAUUUGUGGGGAAGAAGUUUGAAAUCCUCCCCGAUGGUCUUCCCUCAGCCCGUAAACUCAUCUACUACACAGGUUGUCCUGUGCGCUCUCGCCACCUCCUGCAGCUGCUCAGUAACAGCCACCGGCUUUACAUGAACCUGCAGCCUGUUCUCAAACAAGUCCGACGACUGGAGGAAAAUGAAGAGAAGAAGCAGUACAGGGAGUCGUACAUCAGUGACGCUCUCGAGCUGGACAUGGACCAUCUGGACAAACGUUCCCGGGCCAGCGGCAGCAGUGCGGGGAGCGUCUCUCAUCACAAACGCCUGUCCCGCCACUCCACCACCAGCCAUGGUAGCUCACACACCUCGGGCAUCGAGACGGACAGCUUCAGGGCCCCGGGUCAGGCACCCCACAGGCCCCUAAGAACCUGCAGCUCAUCCACAACCAGCCACGGGAGCUCACACACCUCCGGCAUCGAGAGCAGCGGCAAGGAGCGCAUACUGGAUGAUGAUGAAAUAGAGAUGCUGGUUGACGACCCCAAAGACUACGAGGAGCUUCAUGAGAUGGCUUUGGACCAGGAGCUGUGUAUCCACAUCACAGAGGACAUGUUGACCAUGUCACCUGAUCAGAGCAACGGAUACUCAGGACUGAUAGUGAAAGACGUCAGCUCCUCCACAUCCAGCUCCUCUGAGACCGUCGUCAAGAUGAGAGGACAGAGCAUCGAGUCUCUGCCACAGACAUCAGCUUGCAGGAAGCCUCAGUCCUCCACAGAUCGUCACAGCCAGUCUCUCGACGACAUCCGGCUCUACCAGAAGGACUGCCUGCAGUGGGCGGAGCUCUGCCAGGACACUGCCCACAGCUACACAUUCGGCUGCGCUCAGGAGUUGAGCGACGGCGGCGGGGGCUAUCAGGGCCUGGCCGAGCAGCGUGCCGGCAUGCUCAGUGAGCAGCACCCGUUUCCUAUUAAGAGAACCAACAAGUACUUCUCCCUGGACCUGACCAGCGACGAGGUCCCCGAGUUCGUGGUGUGACAGAAACAGAAAAGAGGCGACCUCAGGGUGACCUUUUCUGACUCGUGUCAGAUGUGGAAAUGUUUCAGCCCUCAGGGAACGAGAUGAGAGAGGAGCGUUUGAGAGGUGGUUUCUAUUCUUGGCAGCAGUUAUUAGUAAACUGGCAAGAAGUCUGCUGCUGCUCAGACGAAUAACACAUGAACAAACAUGGAGGAUCCUGGCUGAAAUGGGAACUUAAAGAACAAAAAAGAGAAAAUGCGUCUUAAAAAACGUAACCUGAGCUGCUCCCCUGUGUGAAAGGAAACAAAAAGGGAUUGUGUCAUCAUCUUUUAAAUAACAUUUUUAUUCAAAUGUGUCUCCUACGGACUGUUUUUAAGAACCACAUGUUGUGUUUUCCUCCUUACUAAAGACAAAAGAAGUGUGUGAAUGCACGAGGUGUUACAGCUGACAGAGACUCAUGCACAGACAUGAAGAGCAUAUCAAAGUUCUCUGGAGGACACAAAGGACAAAGUCACUCUGAGCUACAAACCAAAGACAAAAAGAAAGAAAGAAAAAAAACUGCCCUCACACACAUUUCAAAGUCAUGGAGGGAAGGAGGGGAGAUGAACCUUCCCUCUGUUCUUCUUCUACACCACUUCAUUUUACCUCAACAGGAAGUGCAGUGUGCCAACUCCCGCCUCUCAGACUGAACUCUUAAUCAUGAACACACACACCGAUGUGCCUUCAUCCCUCUAUGCAGGUGUCAAACCGUCGCCUUGACAAUCACACACCCUCACCUUUUAAGAUCCAAGCCAUCAGAACACAAAGCACGACACUAUUUUUAAACACACACACACACACACACACACACUCCUUUAUUAGAUCAAGCCCGUUUUUUAGCAUUUCAAAACAUGUCAGAAUGAUUUCAAAAUGUUUCCUUGUCCUGUGAAAUCAGACUGAGCUUUCUUGCAGGAAUGAAGUUGAGUUACUUCCUGCGUGUCCAGACUUGAGUCUAGUGUGCGGCCACGAAAGCUUCCCUGUAAUCUAGACUCAAAAUGGAGGCCGCCAUGGCUUCGCUGUGGGCCAAAACAAAAAAAACUUACAUGUUAAUGCAAACAUGCAAGUCUUCCUUCGUGCUCGGCUUGAUUUCACCUUUGUCUUCCUGUUUGUGUCACCCUGAUCAUUAACUGGAAUUGGUUUCAUCUUUUUUUAUUUUGCAUCCUUUUUGUUUUACCUGAAAGCUUUUUACGUGUUUUUUUUUUUUGUAUAAGCUGUCCAGACUUGUUUAUGUUUAACAGUUAUUGUGUGUGCUUGAUAUCCUUCAGUAUUACAAACAAUAUGUAUGUGACAGUAUUAAGGACGUGUGAUGUUUGUGGCUUUCAUCUUUUUAAACUGACAAGCUAAAGAGGACUGUGGUCUCUGACAGGAUGCUACGAGCGGUCUCAAAAGAAUCUAUUAAUGCGCCGUACAUGCAAUUAAAAAAUAAGAAACAGUUUUAUAUGCUUAAAGGUCCCAUAUUAUGCUUUUUCUGGUUUA